GACCUCUCUACGGGAAGUAGCGUUGAGCGGCUAGUGCAGACGAUUCUCGAACCCUAUUGUGCACGUUUGAGAAAACUGUUGUAUUUUUGUCUGAUAUCAUGUCUUUGUUGUGUUAUAACAAAGGAUGUGGACAACGUUUUGAUUCCGAGAACAAUCCCGAUGAUGCAUGCCAAUACCACCCUGGAGUGCCAGUGUUUCAUGAUGCAUUGAAGGGAUGGUCUUGCUGCAAACGACGAACAACUGACUUUUCCGAUUUCCUCAGUAUUGCUGGUUGCACGAAAGGCCCUCAUAAUCAAGAGAAGCCCGCAGAGCCUGUCAAACCAGAGGUGAAGUCCUCUGCAGACAAGACCACAAACGAUCUGAAACCAAAGUUUGAUGAAUGCAUCAUCCAAGCACCAAAACCUCUGGAGUCAAUCCAACGACCAAGUCCAGACGAGCCUUUCUCGACACUUCAGCAGAAGAUCUCUCCUUCCCUCAAACAGGCGUUGGAAAAGCUCAAAUUAACGGAGGAAAAUACCCAGGAGGUAAAAGAGGAGGACAGUGAUGAAGUGAAGAUAGGGACGUCUUGUAAGAAUGGAGGCUGCAGUAAGACGUUCGGCGGGCCAGCCAGUGAUGAUGAGACGUGCUUGUAUCACGCCGGUGUACCCAUCUUCCAUGAAGGAAUGAAAUAUUGGAGCUGCUGUAAGAGGAAAACUUCAGACUUCAACACUUUUCUGUCUCAGGAGGGCUGUACUAGUGGAAAGCAUCAAUGGAAAAAGAAAGAUACAGGAAAGAAGGUUGUGCCAUGCAGGUUUGAUUGGCACCAAACAGGAAGUCAGGUCAUCAUUUCCAUUUAUGCCAAAAAUUCAAUUCCGGAGCUGAGCUCGGUGGAGGGGAACAGCAAUUUGCUGAAAAUCCACAUUAUUUUCGAAGGAGAAAAAGAAUUCGAACAGCAGAUAAGUUUUUGGGGGGUAAUCGACACCAGCAAAAGUUUGGUGAACAUGAUGGCCUCCAAAAUAGAGGUUGUGUUGAAGAAAGCAGAACCAAUGUCAUGGGCCCGGCUGGAUCUUCCACCUGUUGUUCCUCCGAAGGAGGAGAAAAAGAAAGAUGUUGACAGUGAAGAUGAGUGUGAUAAUUAAAAUAGGAGACUGUAUGACCACAUUGUAGUAUUGUGUGAGAUUAUUAUAGCUCUGUAUUGGACUGGGAAUUUAUUAUUUUCUCUGGUUUUAAAAAUACUUAACGAUGAUACAUGAAUGCAUUAUGUAUGUUUGAAAGCUGUUCAUGUUUGUCUAGAUACUGAAAUAUUUAUAGUACAGCACAUGUUUGACGGUUUAAAUAAAUCCGCCUUCUACAUGCAGUA